CUCGAUUGUGCUGAAUCACAUUGUCAGUGGCUGGCAGAACUUUCGAGACGAAAUUUUAUUUCGGUGGUAUUGAGACUGUGUACAAACAUUUAUUUUGGAGUCAUGGAUACAGAUUAAUUGUCCUUGAAAAUAGAAUGGCGCUUGUCUGUGGAUUGAACAGAAUAAUACACCGAGAUAAAUUGAUUUACCGCCUGGAUUGACAGGGAUCCAACGCGGCACGCUGAACGCUGCCAUCACAAGGCUCCUAUUUUUAGACUAAACCAGUUGCCUUCGUCAGGAAACAGUGCUUUUGAACAAAAUUUCUUUUGUACAAUAGAUAUUGAGAAGUGAAAACAAGAUUUUGUGAUAUUCAAAAGCUACGAUCAUGAUAAAAGAGUAUUUCAGCGACGGAAUUCUUCAGAUCGCUAUCAUUUUAAGUCUUCUGAGAACAGAUUUGAAUAGCUUUCAUUUUCCGAACAAUGAACUCCUCAGUUAUCCUGAAGUUCAGGAUAUCUUGCAGGGACAGACAGUGGGCUAUUUACCCACAAAUUUUCAUAAUCAUUACAAUACGUUAAACAGCAUAGGUGGAUCACUACAUCCCAAACAUGUAGACAGUGAUUUUUACUUUUCUUCCUUGUUUCGAGAACUAAGACUUUUAUCCAGGUUCCAACGUUUCUCUGGGGUAUCAACAGACAUAGAAGCAUUUCUGGUUAGCGAGUCGACUUUUGGAUUUCCAGCUUCAGUCCAAAGCGGCACAGUUGGAACCACAGUCAACACCAUUAGUGAAAAUGAACAGAAUGGAGAACAUAGUGACUCUCAGAGCCAGGUUCAACAACAGCUGCUGUCUGAUAUAUCACAUAACAAUAAUGCAGAGAGCACAAUACUUUGUGAUUCUGACAGUGAUAUUGCCUUUCAUUCACCAUUCCCUGGAUGUGAUCUUACCAAAGAGGAUCUUGAUCUCAUUGAUGUUCUUUGGAGACAAGAUGUGGAUCUUGGUGUAGGGAAGGAGGUCUUUGAUCCAGGACUACGGCGUGAACUUGAACGAGAACGGGAGCUUGAGCUACUAAAGGAAGCUGAAAAGAGAAAAGAGGCAGAUAAGCAACAGCAAGACAAACAAAGACAAGCCCAUCUAUGGCUUACUCAGAAUUUUAUGAGAGAUGGAGAAACAGGUGAAUGGGUGCCAUUAGCAGGUGCGGAGAGUUCAGCUGUCUUUUCCCCGUCAGGACCUCAGACCUCCACCUUCCUUGAAACAGAAGAUCAUCCAGUGUUUACUCUGGAUGAUGCACUAGAAUAUGUGAACCAACACAAUAGUGAGAACCAAACUUACAGUCAGUUUGCUACUGAUACCCAGCAGUUUCAAACGAGUUUGUCAGGGGAGAACAGCUCUUUCACAGUGACUACUUUUCCUGAUCCACCUCAGCAAGAUAAACAGAUUGAGGAAACCUGUCUAGUUAAUCAGUCUCAAAACUACUCAGACUACUCUCAAUUCAACCAGUCAGAUCAGGAUCGCCUUGAACAGAACUGGCAAGAGUUGAUGCAGCUACUUAAUGAAACAACUUUUGCCAACGCAACUGUCGACACUACAUCUGCAGCCAGCAGCACAGCGUCCUCUGCCAUGCCACCUGUUGACACACAGGUGCUGCUGCCACAAACAGUGACCUCAACCAUGAAUGAGGCACACUUGAUGCAGCAGCAGCACUUCAACAUAAACUGUCCACAGCCCAUGACAAUGUUGCAGGAACAGGAUCUGUGCACAUCAACCUCUUUAAAUGAGAGCUGCAUUCUUCCACAACAACAGAACACUCCUUGUGGAGAAAACAGCAUUUUGAUGGGCCUGCUGAAUGAUACGGGAAUGCUUCUGCAGAAUGCCACAAUGCCAGUGGCUUUGAAUAACUCAUCAAGCAACAUCAUGGACCACAACAUUUUGGCUGGAGACUUGGGUUUUGCCAAUGGCAGUACAAACUUUGGCUCAUCUGCCACUUCCGCAGAAUCUUUAGACUGGGAGUCAGGUGAAAUGUUCUUCCAUAAUGUGACUGGGCUGACCAGCUUGUCUUCCGUGGGCUCUUCCACCAUGCUAGAUGCUAGUGACUUUCCUGAAUUUCUACCUGAUGAAGACCUAGACAUUGCCAUCAAUGAAGGUCUAACAAGCAUUCAGAUGCUUGACGAGGCAGAGAGUGAUUCAGCUGUUUCCAUGGGGAGCACUUCACCUCUUCAGGAGUUGAAUGACACAGUAGAGAAUUCUCCUUUUGAUGGUCUUGAGGGUGCAACAGGAGGCAGUGACUAUGAUGCACAUACAGAUGGCUAUGGCCAGCAGAAUGGUCGUACUCACAGUUCCAGUGGUGGCUCAGAGGAUGAUGGUUUUCACUAUAGCUGCAGUUCCUAUGGCUCGCCUGCAUCUGUCCACACAAACUGCUCUACAAACUCCAACGACACUGAUCACUCCAACAGUGGCUCCUCUUCUGUUACAACCACUAGCCACAUCCACCAUAAUCACACUUACCCAACACAGCCAGGACAGACACCACGAGAGGUUAAAAAAUAUGCAAAGAAAGAUGGAUUACACAAGAAAGGUCCAAUCUCUCGUGACCAACGCAAAGCUGAAGAGCUCAAAAUUCCUAUUACAUUUGACACCAUCGUAGAAUCUCCAGUUGAAGAAUUCAAUGAAAUAAUGGCGAAACAUAAGCUGACAGAACAGCAAAUUGCUCUCAUCAGAGACAUCAGGCGUCGUGGAAAGAAUAAGGUCGCUGCCCAGAACUGCCGCAAACGAAAGCUGGAUGUUAUCUACACCUUAGAGGAUGAGAUGACAGAGCUGCAGCGCAUGAGGGACAAGCUGCUGGCUGAGCGAAGCCACAUAGAGGAGCAGACACGACGGGCUAAAGAUGUGUACGGCUCGUUAUACCAACACAUCUUCAGUUCUCUGCGUGAUGAUCAUGGCCAGCCUUACAACCCCAGCCAGUAUUCCCUGCAGCAGUCAAGUGAUGGCAAUGUUUUUCUGGUGCCACGUAACUAUUCAACCACCACCACCACUGCCAUUUCAACCUCGCCUUGUUCCUCCAGCUCUUCUGCUAGGGGCAGGCCUGCCUCUUCACGUAAUUUUGAAGGCAAAGACAAGAACAGUUCACAACAGAAGAAGAAAAACAAGGAGUAAACAGAGAGGUGUUCACUAAGCCAGAGCACCAUGUCGCUGAAACCAUUGGGUCGCACAAUUGUGCAGUGUCAGUCGAUGCUGUUUUCUAUAAAUUUCAUUCUUGGAAGCAGAAAGUUUGCUAACAAAUGUACAUGGGUUUUUUUGUUUGUUUGGUUUUUUGUUGGUUUUUUUUUUUUCGUUUUUUUUUUUUCUUUUGGCUGAAAUUACAGAAAUGAGCUCUCCAUCUGUUUUGUCAUGAUGCAGUGACUGUUAUUUUUCUAUGGGUUCCAAGGUUCUGCCUGCCCUUUUUGUUUAAGGAGUUAGGGGGAACUAGAAAGAGAGCUAGGUGGAGAAAAGCAGUUGCCUUUUUGUCUGACACUUUUUUCGACCAGCUUCCAACAUGGUUGCUGUUUUGAGUCAGACUUUGGAGAGGAAAUUUGAGUCUUUAACUCAGAUAUGCUGUUGUUUGCUUGUUCUUGCAAUAUUUGUUGAACGUUCUCGAAUGUGCAGCAGGCAUCUUCUAAUAAGGGUUAAAUUUUUCAUUUCUGGCAAGCAUAAGCUAGUAGACCUAGUUGUUAAAGCAGACAGAUUUGGGGCUGUUGGGAGUUAGGGAAAACUACAAAAGAUAAAUGGAAUGUUUAUAAAUUUCUCCACCCCUUUGUCUAUGGAAUAUGAUAGUGUACCAUUUGUAUUUCCAUCUUCACAUUUAAGAAAGUAUAUUUUGUGGUUUAGGGUGGAAGGGAAGGCAAUAUGAUGAUUCAUUUCCUUCCGUAUGAUCAACUGAAUGUGUCGGAUUCUGUGUUAGCUCCCUUUCUAGGACGUGUUCUAGAGCUAACAUUUUUCUCAUAAAUCUGUAAACUAAUUGUGAAACAGUAGCAACCAUAAGUUACAUUCACUGUGUUAACUGGCGCUACAUGGCAUCCUUGAACCUUUUUCUUCUUGCCAGGAAAGGAUUGAAAACAGCUGAAAGUACUCAGAGUUGCUGUCGAGGCUAUAUACCUGUGAAAUUCUGACGUUGCAGCACACGUUAGUUAGACAACUGUGUACUACUUUUUAAAGUGCCUCACAUAAGUUGAUCUGAACAUUUGUGAGCUUGCUUGAUGGGACGCAUUGGCUAUACUACAGAUUCACUGCCCUCUUGUUGCUUCAUUCCAUAGACACUGUGAGUGCUGUGGUGUUUGCACCAUUUGUCUUGUUAGACACUCAUGAGUGUUUGCUGUAUCUGUUGCUACUGUUGUUGGUGUGGCUGGGAGAAUGUGGUGGUGUUGGCAUGCCAAUAUUUGUAAAUGGUUUAGGUUGAUCAGAGUGUGUGUAUGGGGGAAUGAGAUUGGUGGUGGGGAUAGAGAACACUUAUGAGGAGAGAGGUAGUGCUUCUCUCUUAAAGAUGGUAUAUGUAAAUCUAUGUUUCAGGUGUUUCUUAUGGAAAAAAAUUUUACCUAUGUUGCAUUUAUAUGAUAAUGUUCAAAUGUUAGAGCAAAAAAGUAACUGGUAACAGUUGAGUAGUGCUGCAUAGCAGUUAAAUUGUAUGCACAUCGUGCAUAAUGUGAUAUUAAGGAUCUUAUUUGUGUUGUAAACAAUUAAAAUAAUGCCAACAUGAUUAUAGAGCAAAAAGAAAAAUGUGCACUUGCUAUUUGUGGUGUCUGAAUUCACAUUUGUGGCACAAAUGGAAUGAGUUCACCAUCAAAAUUGUGCUGUCAAGUAGACAUUUAAAAAAUGAACAGUUGCUUUUGCAUGAUUGAAUGCAUACAAAAGUUGCUGAUAUAAGGUAGGCAGAAAUUUUCAGACAAAAUCUUUUGUAUAGCGUUUAAUUUUCUAUUUUAGGCAUCUCAUUUGUUAAUUUAGUGUGAAGUAAAAGGAGUAAGACAUCAUAUUUGAUGGCUUUGAAUUUCAAAGAUUACAUAUUUUACAAAAUAUGGUAUUUGUAAAUGAUCAGAUAUCAAAUCUGGCUGUGAGGUUAUUUUGCACGUGUGCUUUGCAGUAUGUUUGGUUUGAAAGGCUAUGAAAACAGAGGAGUGUACAAGUUACUGCAGAGUUCAUAUCGCUUUAUAUAUUUGUGCCAUGUCAUCAUCAUUUAGUAUUUAUGUUUCCCUUAAAAAAGGAAAAACUUGUCAAGCACUGCAUUUCAAUUUUUGAAUAGUUGACAAACUAAUUGUCCAUAUAAUAUCUUUCCUUUUUCUGCUUAUAUACAUUAUCAGUAGAGAUAUAAAUAUUUAUCCUCAAAACAACAACAAAAAAAUCAUUGAUUUCAGUACUUCAAGUGUGAGGGUUCUUCAUCCGUUUCAUUGUCCCUUCUAAAAUUUAUGUGUUUUAAUAGUUUGUUUGCUGGGAUUGUUUUCAUGCCUGUAUUUUUAAUAAGUCGUUGGUACAGAGUGUGUUUUCAUUACAAUAUAGUGUACAAAACCUUUUUCUAAUUGUUUUUUUUUUUUUUCAUUUACUGUCUUACCAGAAGGACAGAUAUAAUCAGUUUAAUGUGAUCUCAAGUGCUCGUAUAUGCCUGUGUUUAAAUAGACAUGUGCACUGCUUCCCCUUUCAUUUUUGUGUUAUCUCUUUAGGAAAAUAGUUUUUCCCUCUUGCAAGAUUCUAAUCUUUGAAAAGAAAAGCUAAACCUCCAAUGUUACCUUGAAGGGAUAUAAAAUUUGCAUUAAUGUAUUUGUCAUAUGUUAAUGUGGCUGUUGAAGUUUAGUGGAAAUUUGGGGUUGUUUUUUUUUUAAAUUUUGUUUCCUUUCCCUGUGGUUGGUGGGUGGGCGUGGUUGGUAAGCUAUGGGGUGGAGCAUUAUGUCCAUGUCACUUUCUGUAAACUUUUAACUUUUAUUUUUUUUAUAUUGCAAUAGACUCUUUACAUAUAAUUCUGUUUAUAUAGUAGUAGUAAAGCAUGUAUCUGGGAAAUUUAGUAUUUGCUGUUGAAAUGAGUGAUACUGCAAAAUGUCCAUGAAAAAAAUAUACAUUUCUGCAGUGUUCUUCCUUAGAAUGUGCAAAAUGCCUUUUAAAACAUUGACCUUGAUUGUAUUUUUUAUUUUCUUGUAGGUGGUUUUUAAAAUAAAUUUUGCAGUGUGAUGCAUAAUUAGUCUAGUUUCACUUGAAAUCAUCAGAAGAAACACAUAAAUUUUGUGCUGGAUCUCAUGUUGGUGUUGAUACCUGCAUUGUGAACACAAGUCCCAAAAUUUUCAAAUGUUGAGAGCAUGGCUAGGUGCAUGUUUUCUUUUUAGACAGUGGAACUUUGGAAACACUGUUAGCUGGGUUGUUUGUGGAUGCAAAAUGCAGUGGAAAUGAAAUUAAAUUGAAAAUGCUGUAUAUACUAUUGUGAACAUGUUGACUUUUCAUCAGUACAUUACAGAUCAUACUUUUGAAAAUGUAAGUUGACGGUUUAACAAAAAAAUAAAAAUGCAGAUUAUA